UAUUAUGUGUACUCGACAUUCGACAUUGCAUAUUAUGUGUACUCGACAUUCCACAUUGCAUAUUAUGUGUACUCGACAUUCCACAUUGCAUAUUAUGUGUUCUCGACAUUCCACAUUGCAUAUUAUGUGUAUUCGACAUUCCAUAUUGCAUAUUAUGUGUACUCGACAUUCCACAUUGCAUAUUAUGUGUUCUCGACAUUCCACAUUGCAUAUUAU